UAAAAAAAAAAAAAAUGAUCGACAAGCCAAGGAUAAAUGUGUAAUUGCAAAUACCAUGCUGUGUCAUCUGGAGGCUGCCACUGUCUACUGCUGACAGGGAUCUCAGUUCCUCUUCUCCUCCUGGCUGAACACAGCCCAGAGUCUUGUCUUUCACCACUGUACCUUUUCCUGGCCUCAGUGAAGUCAUGCUGCUGUAUGUGGCAGCCUUUGUGGGCUUGUUCUACCUCCUGCGCUGGUACCGGGAGAGGCAAGUGGUGAGCCACCUCCAAGACAAAUAUGUCUUCAUCACGGGCUGUGACUCGGGCUUCGGGAACCUGCUGGCCAGACAGCUGGACAUGCGAGGCAUGAGGGUGCUGGCUGGGUGUCAUAGGGAAGAAGGGGCCGAGCAGCUGAAGAAGCAGACAUCAGCACGGCUGCAGACAGUGGUCCUGGACGUCACCCAGACAGAGAGCAUUGCUGCAGCCGCCCAGUGGGUGAAGGAGCGCGUGGGGAACAGAGGACUCUGGGGCCUGGUGAAUAAUGCUGGCAUCUCCUUUCCCUCUGCUCCCAAUGAAUGGCUGAACAAGCAGGACUUCAUGAACAUGCUCAACGUGAACCUGUUGGGGGUCAUCGAGGUGACGCUGAGCCUGAUGUCCUUAGUAAGGAAGGCCCAAGGCCGUGUGGUCAAUGUCUCCAGUAUCAUGGGCCGGUUGUCAUUUUAUGGUGGUGGCUACUGCAUCUCCAAGUAUGGCGUGGAGGCCUUCUCGGACAGCCUCAGGAGGGAGCUCUCUUAUUUUGGGGUGAAGGUGGCUAUUAUUGAGCCUGGUUUCUUCAAGACCAAUAUGACCAAUACUGAAAAGAUCAUACUAUGCUUACAGGAGGUGUGGAACCGGGUCAGCUCAGAGGUUAAGGACAUCUAUGGUGAGAAGUUUCUGGAAUCAUGUAAAUUGAAAUCAUGUAAAUUAGUGGAACAAAAGAGCAAUCCAGACCUGUCCUCGGUGACGGACUGCAUGGAGCACGCGCUGACUGCUCACCCUCGCACCCGGUACUCAGCAGGCUGGGAUGCCAAGCUCUUUUACCUCCCCUUGAGCUACCUGCCCACGUCCCUGGUGGAUGCCUUUGCGUACUUGAGCUCCCCAAAGCCAGCACACGCCCUGUAAAGCCAACUCUUAGUUGUGUGGUCAGGGGAGAUAGGUAGUGUGAGGGCAGGAAGUGGGUGGAGGAAAGCAGCUCUUACACAUGGGGCAGCUAUCCCACCUUCUCGGUGCAAAGGACUUUCCUCAAGGAUUACUCAAGACUGGUGAAGUAAGAGGGAAAGAGCCAAGGACCUCUGGUGAGGAACAGGGACUCAGCAUCACUCACUGAUGCCAGGUUGACAGUCAGCUGCUGAUGGCUCUGAGCCACAUGGCCAACCAUGAGGAAUCGACACACCUGGAGUGGCUGGGUGUGUGUGGGUGGAUGCACAGCUCAUGCCUCCCUUCCGCUUGCCUUCCUUCUGAGGGUACACAUUGUUCUUGGCUGCUGUCUAUCUUCUCACAACAUAGAAAUGGCCUGGUAGAUGUAGGGUCCGUCUCCUUUGCAAUCACUGUGUAGGUGGAAUCAGGUGGGAGGGCAGCGCCAGUCUGUGUCCUUGGCCUCAAUUGGUUUGCCUUAGAUCUCUCCUCCACACAGAUCCUGGCAGAGGAUGAAGAAGUUGUCAUUGUUUGUGAUAUCCUCCCAGUGCUCCAUGAGGUCAUAGGUGGGGCUGCUUCAGAGGUGCCUGAAUCUAGAGUAUGUGACGCUGGGAUUAAGGCUGUGUGAUUACUUUGGCAUUGCCCUAUUCCAGGUAGCUUAGACAGUGUGAAGGGGUCAGAAAGCAGCUGCUAAGGCCCCUGUUUUUGUACCUUCUGCCUCGCAUGAACUGUUUCUCCUGUGCAAUGCCUGUCUGCCAUGUCACCUUACCUUGGAGGAGGGUGAUCGUGGACUGAAAGGUCUUCAAACUGUGAACUAAAUAAAC